AUGUAUUACUGCGGGGGAAAAGGAGAUUGCCUACAGUUUGCAUUGAUCAAAUUGACCUUGUCAAGAUUACUUUUUUUUUGGAAGAAGCAAUACUUCACUAUCAAGGAUAUGUUGAAGAUGAGGAUGUUUGCUUGGGACUCGGCUGACUCGUGCGUCGUUGAUGGGCUGAUCGCAGGAGCGCGUGACUACCUAGUGGUGUCACCGGAAGAGCUGAUUGAAAGUGUGGGCUCUUGUUUGCAUGGUGAUCCAGCAGAAGACAUAGAGAUUAUCGAUGUUUCUGAUUAA